AUGAUGCCCAUCCUCUCCAGAGCUUCUGGCCAAAUGGCCAGUCGCACAAUUGCCUCUCGGGCUCUAUCGACAGCUUCGAGGGCUACUCCCCGAUCUCUCACGAAGCCCUCGGUGUCGAUGAAGCUGGCCACCACUGGCCGUAUCGCCUUCCGCAGAGCUUACGCCAGCGAGGCUCCCAAGCCCAAGCCCAGGCCUGGCAAGAUUCGACGAACCCUCCGCUGGACAUGGCGACUCACAUAUCUGACCUUUGGUGGCCUUUUGGGCUACACUGCCUGGGUUAUCUACGAGGAUCGUCACCCCCAGGAUCAGGUCAAGCCCGACCCCAGCAAGAAGACUCUCGUCGUCUUGGGUACUGGCUGGGGCUCCGUUGCUCUUCUCAAGAACCUCGACACCGAGAACUACAAUGUCAUCGUCGUAUCACCACGAAACUUCUUCCUCUUUACCCCUCUGCUGCCUUCAUGUACCACUGGUUUGAUCGAGCACCGCUCCAUCAUGGAGCCAAUCCGCGCCAUCCUACGCCACAAGAAGGGCUCUGUUCAAUACUAUGAAGCAGAGGCCACAACCAUUGACCCUGAGCGCAAGGUUGUCAAGGUCGCCGACAAUUCCGAAGUCAAGGGCUCUAUUGCAGAGAACGAGAUCCACUACGACAUGCUCGUUGUGGGCGUUGGUGCGGAGAACUCUACCUUUGGUAUUCCCGGUGUGAGAGAGAACAGCUGCUUCCUAAAGGAGAUUGACGAUGCCCAGCGCAUUCGCAAGAAGAUCAUGGACUGCGUCGAGACCGCCGCUUUCAAGGACCAAUCCGAGGAGGAUAUUGACCGCCUAAUGCACAUGGUCGUUGUCGGCGGUGGUCCUACUGGUGUCGAGUUCGCCGGCGAGCUCCAGGAUUUCUUCGAGGAGGAUAUUAAGAAGCUGAUCCCCGAGAUCAGCCCUCGCUUCAAGGUCACUUUGAUCGAAGCCCUUCCCAACGUCCUUCCUUCUUUCUCCAAGCAGCUCAUUGAGUACACCGAGAACACUCUCCGUGAGGAGAAGAUCGACAUCAAGCUCAAGACUAUGGUCAAGAGGGUCACCGAGAACACUGUCGAGGCUGAGGUCAGCCGACCCGACGGCACCAAGGAGCGCCUGACGAUCCCCUACGGUCUUCUCGUCUGGGCCACCGGUAACACCAUCCGCCCCAUCAUCAAGGACCUCAUCUCCCGCAUCCCCGCCCAGGCCAACUCUCGCCGUGGUCUCGCCGUGAACGAAUACCUGGUUGUGCAGGGCGCUCGCGACAUCUGGGCCGUUGGUGACUGCGCUGUUGCCGGAUAUGCCCCCACUGCCCAGGUCGCCUCCCAGGAGGGUACCUUCCUCGCCCGUCUGUUCAACAACAUGGCCAAGACCGAGUCUCACGAGGCCCGCAUCACCGAGCUCAGCACCAGCCUAAACGUCCAGCCCGGCAACGCUGCUGAGACCGCCCAGGAGAUUGAGUCCCUGGAGCGCCAGCUCAAGAAGAUUCGCGAUGUCAAGCCCUUCAGGUACAGUCACCAGGGAAGCAUGGCCUACAUCGGUAGCGAGAAGGCCGUCGCCGACGUGACCUGGUGGAACGGUAAUAUCGCCAGCGGCGGUAGCUUGACUUUCCUCUUCUGGCGAAGUGCCUACCUUUCCAUGUGCUUCAGCACCCGCAACCGUGUCCUGGUUAUCGUUGACUGGCUCAAGUCCAAGGCAUUCGGCCGUGAUGUUUCUCGAGAGUAA